CCUGCCGGCGCGGCUCCUCCUUCCUCCCGGCUUCUCCCGUGGCGGCCGCGCGGGAGGGAGGCAGAGAUGGCCGAUGAGAUCGCCAAGGCGCAGACCGCCCGGCCUGGGGGCGACACGAUCUUCGGGAAGAUCAUCCGCAAGGAAAUCCCCGCCAAAAUCAUCUACGAGGAUGACCAGUGUCUUGCUUUCCAUGAUAUUUCCCCUCAAGCACCAACACAUUUUCUGGUGAUACCCAAGAAACCUAUAUCUCAGAUUUCUGCAGCGGAAGAUGCUGAUGAAAGUCUUCUUGGACAUUUAAUGAUUGUUGGCAAGAAAUGUGCUGCUGAUCUGGGCCUGAAGAAGGGUUAUCGUAUGGUGGUGAAUGACGGUUCAGAUGGGGGACAGACUGUCUAUCAUAUUCAUCUCCAUGUUCUUGGAGGUCGGCAAAUGAAUUGGCCUCCUGGCUAAGCAUGUUUCAGGGAUGGUUUUCUCUUCUAUAGGCAAUGAUUAAAUUUGAAAAUUCCAAGUGUACUGCUGAACAAUACACUUUUGCCUAUAUAUGGAUUGAGGAAAUAAUGUUAAAUAUGCAUACAUAAUAAAAGACAUUGUUG